UUCUAGCCUGCGGUGGCUCUAUAGGGGUUAGCGGGUCCCCCUCUGCGGGGCUGUGAGCAGCGCCAGUGCGGGGAGUGCGUCACCCCCGCCCAGGGCGGUUAGAAUUGCCGCGGGAAGAUGCUCUCUGGGUCCGGAGCGGGUGCCGCGGCGUCAGUUACUGAGCGCGCGCGUCCCGCCCCCCGGUGCGCCUGCUGAGCCGAGCCCGGGCGCCGCCGCGCGUCUCCCGCCGCUGCCCACCUACAGAGCGCGGACAGGGGCUGGGAGAGGCCGUUCUACUCCUCGAAAAGGCAUUUGAAUACAAAACUUCUGUAAGUGACAUGGAUAAGAAAAGGAAGAUGCAUAGUAAAAGCCACAUGCCUGCUCUUGAGAAGACCUCAAAGAAAAAAUUGGAAAGAAAUAAACUGGAUUUGGAUGUAGAAGACAUUGCUUUAAUACCCACCCAGGAAUACAAAACCAAGUCCCAUCCUCGCAGUAAAUUACUUCCAUGUGAGGAACCAGAUGUCUCAAGGAUAUUGAAGAUAACUGAGACUGGGCAAGUUGAGGAGCCCGAUGAUUCAUUUGAUCACCCUUUACACAGCACUGCUGUAGACGCUGGUGGGAAUGUGGAAUUGCAGGAUGAGGAACACGACAUGUCAGCUAGUCAUUCAUCUGAUUCAUCUCCACAAGGGAAAAAUGCAGAAACAAGAAAAAAUCACUGUAGCUUGAAAAUGACUGAAGAUAACAAAUCAGAGACAGAGGAUUCUGAAGAUGAAUCCCUGAAGGAGAAUAAGGUACAGAACAAGAUAUUAGGAAACUCCAAGUCCAGUGUGGAGGAAUCGAAGUUACCAUCUGCAUUAGCACUGAGGAAUAGCUCUUCAGAAAGCAGCAUAUCAAAUAAGGUUACAGAUUUAGUGAAGAAGUUGAAUGCACAAAAGAAGCCCAAGAACGGUGCUAAAUCCCAUGUGAAACCAAAGAAGUUUUUGCAAAAGAGUGCAUUAGAUCCUUCUGCUGAUAAUAGCCCAUGUUCUAUACAGAUUUGGUGCCCAAAAGGGCUGAAAAGAUUUUCCCAAGAUAUUACAGAAUUGGAUGUUGUUCUGGCUGAGUUUGAGAAGACAACUACAGACUACAAACAAAGGGUGAAGUCUAGGAUUUGCAGGGAAGCUAUUGAGGGCUUCUAUUCUGGCUUCAAGGACCAACUCACUAAUACUAUAACAGAAGUCCAGGAACUGAAGGAUUUGAAAAGAAAAAAUGCUAAGGUGAUCACAGACAUCAAUAAAAAAAGAAGGCGUUUGCUGGAAGUUAGAGGAGAACUAAUUCGGACUGGACCACAACUGAAGCAACUACAAAGAGAAUAUGCUGAGCUACAAGAGAGAGAAUCUUCUGUCAGGAAUGCAACCCAGUUCCUAACUGAUUUAAAGGAGGUGCAGCAACAGUAUUUAAAUUACAGAGAAGACAACCCACAAGAAAAAGUAGUCUAUGGAACUUCCAGCAUUCCUGCUCUUCUGGUGGAAUCACAACGAAUUUUAAGAGCUGAAAGUCAUUUUCAGAAUAUCAACACAAGAUUACAAGAGGUUCUGAAUUUGCAGAAAAAGGAGCAGCCAGAGAAAUUUUAAAUACUUUAUGCCUUCUAUUUGCAACUAAGCAUAGUUAGCAUCAGUUAAGUGUAUUCAUAUACGUAAACAAGAAGCAAGCUAAAUAUACAUGGUUAUGACAUUGCUACUCAUGUAGAUUUUAGUAGUUUGUGUUUGCACUCUAACUUUUGAUAUAACAGAAGCAGCAAUUAUUUAAAUACUCCCAUAAGCAUUUAAUAAAACAAAGCAAUGUGUUUAAAUUGCUUCUGACUUCAAAUCUUUCACCUCUAUAAAUAAGUGGUGUGAGCCUCUUGUCAGAAAAGUUGAUAUGUUUCUAAAGAUUUACUAACAAUUGUGAGGGGAACGUGUGGUUUUUCACUUUGAUGUAUAAUAAGUUUGUGUGCGGCAGCCUGGAGCAGAGGUAGUAUGACAAACCAUUAAUGAUCUCAAUGAAUCAGUGAUAAAUCUAGUGCUUUAAAAUUAAUAGGAUUUUAUUAUUGGAUUACCAGAGUAAUCAUUUGGAAAUACUAAUGUGACAAGAGUAGACAUUUUCUUUAGUGGAAAUUAAAACUUAUAUUUACUGAAAAACCUGUUGUUGCUCAUCCUAAAGUAGCAUAAAGAUAAUUUGUAAGUUGCCUGUUACAAGCCUGAGACAUGUCUAAAUUGUUCCACCAUUAUAUGCAUAAUGGAUAAAAUAUUUCUAAAACUAAUAUGUGGAUUUUUAAAAACAGCUUAGUUAUAACAAGUUGUACAGAAGGUGGUGAGCAUAAUGAAAGGUAGACAAAUCCUCAAAAGUUUUUAUCUAAAGUAUGGAUUUACCUUUUGGCAGGCCCACAUAUAGGUAAGAAAUCCUGCCUGCCCUUUGUAAAGUAACGAAGUACAGUACAGACUGUAGGCAACAUCCUAAACAUUUGGACAUAUGGGAAGAAACAUGUUCUAACCACAUUCCAUCCCUUGGUAAGUGAAUUUUACCUGAAUCAUUGUCCAUAAAGCUUUUUGAGUGUGUUGACACUGUCCAUUUAGCAUUUUUUUUACAUUUUGAAUUUAGUGCUCCUGAGAAGUACCAGACUGAUCACCUGUGUCUAGCUUUAGAACAUGCACAACACAGGUACCAUAGCGUAAGCUGAUCUACCUGGGUCUUCCAUGGUGCUUCUUUCCUGUCCAGGAGCAGCUACUUCUAGGGGUGAGAGGAUAGUUCAGUUUCUGCAGCUAUUCAGUCCUUGGCCUCUCUAAAGAGAGAGGGUGGCUUUUGUGCCAUAUGCACCGCUGCAGGUGGCAGAACCACCACUGACUAAGCUGGAACUUAAACCAGAAAUUAUAGGCUGUAUCCUGUUAAACCAUAUAAAUGUCAUUAACAUAUAAACCCAAUGUACAAAAACACAGCUAAUGGCAAGUUUACUAUGCGCUUUCUUAUAAAGAGAGGAUGCUGGCAUGGUUCUAUCGGUUUCUUUUGGCAGUGUAAACGGGACUUCUGAAACUUUUGGCUUUAGAUACAUUAAGAUAUAGUUGAGUUAGCACAUUUUAUAAACAGCUACCCUUAGUUGAUAGCUAGUUGUAUGUCUUGUUACCACAAACUUCCUGUUUUCUUAAAACCUCUAUGAGAAGCUCAUCAGGUAUUUCUUCCAGGUCACAGUUCCACGUGGUCAGACUGUUGUCUGCAACUUCUGCAAGUUCAGCAUCUUCGAUAGCUUCCAGAAAAUACACAUCAUCAGUCACAUUGUCCCAUUCUGUAUUUGAACAGAGCUUGUCAGGAGACUUCUUAUUUUCUUGAUGUAUCCUUAAUGAUGUGCUUUCUGAUAAGUCUGUAAGGUUAGGUUUUUCUUCUAUGUUCCCACUCUCAUCCAUAAAAAGUACAUAUUCUUCCUUUAAAAAAACAAAUAUUACUUAUUCAACAUGUAAGUGUUCAUUACUUCUGGGGGCUAGAUCUUCUUGUUGGCUUCAUAAUGGGAGCAGAGUUAGGCUAAGGCUGAGCACUUCUGAAAAUGUCACCUCUAAUGAACAGAGUGUAGGUCAGUUGACCAGGCAAGUUUCUUAUGUGUUUUUGGAUUGUGGGCAUUUACCAUACAGCCAGACCCUAAUCUUAUGAAAGUCAGUUUUCAGUAGGACCAAAAUUUAGUCCUUAAAAGCAGUGCCUUGUAACUGGCAAGCUUUUGAAAAUCAUGCUGUAAGAGCACUACUGAGUUUGCUCUAGCUGCAUCCGUAGGGAGAUAACACAUUUUAUGGAUAUGUGCUGUUUCAAAAAGAAAAGAUCAUUAUUGAAAGGGUGCAACCAAUCUAAAGAAGUUACACGCCCAAUUGUAAUAUUUUCCAAGCAGAACUAGGGGAGAGACACACACACAACUUGUAUGGCCCUGCGGAUGUCACAUGAGCCGUAGCUGUGUGCUGAUUGGGCCAAGAACCACUGCUUUAAAUAGUAAUGAUUCACUUACUAAGAAUUUGUUGGUAAGUUACACCGAAUUAGGAAAAAUCAGUUCUGCUUCAGAUAGGACUUCAUAAACUUGCAGUACACCCAUCAAUAAACCAUGAAAAGUUUGGUUGAAAGGUAAUGCGAGCUAUUGAAAAGCUGUUAUUUAUAAAGCUCAAGAUAGGGAUUGCUUGGCCAAUAGUCUUCUCUACAAAGGUUGAAUAUUUACAUUAAACUUUUUUUUAUUGCUUUACUACACUACAUGAAAGGAUUUUCUAAAUGAAGAUUAACUUCACUCUUCAAAGUCCAUGACUAUCAUUUAAAUUCCGUUUUUAAAAGUGUGAAUCAGUUGUUUCAGCAUAUUAAACCACUAAUGCUAAGACAUUAGGAUUUACAAUUGACUAUGUAUUAACUAUGCUACCAUCAUUUUGUGUGUUGCAAACACUGGUUGAAGUCUGACUUGUAUUUGCCUAAGCAUCAGAAAAAUGGAAAAUGGAAUGUAUUCUUUGAAUCCUCCAUGAAGUUUAAAGGUGACACUCCUGUAUUGAUCAGUUAGAUGGUGUAGAUAUAGUCAGAGAGAUUAAAAGAUCUUGUGCACAAGGAAGAGAUUUGCCUUAGGCAAGGUUACCAAUAUCUCACCUAGACUACAGUCAGUCUAUAUUAACACUUCCCUUGGUGGUAGGAGUACUAGCAGGAGAAUUCUGAAAUAUUUAGGGCCCAAUUAUGCAGUCACGACACUUGAUGAGUCCAAUUGCCAUCCACUGAACUACUGACAAGUGAGUAAAGAUUGCACAAUCAAUCAGUCCCUUAGCGUAGGCAAGAUUUUUAAAGAGCUACCCGAGACAACAGUUUGGAACACACUUGAGUUACCAUUAAAGUCUUUUCACAGUUUUUGUUUUUUCUUGUGGGGAUGUGGAAGAGGGAAAGGAACAAAAAAUACAUACCUCUUUGAAAAGAAAAGGGAGGCAUAUCUCAGGGGGUAAUGGAAUACCUAAAUCAAAUACAGUGUGUUUAUAUUUUGUUUAAAGUUAAUGUUUCUGAAAUGGUUACGUGUAAUUUUAUUGAAAACAUACUUACUUUCUGAUUUGAAGUUUUUAGCUCUGCAGACAGGGUCAUAACAUUUUUGAUAGUAAACUUCUUUUUUUAGAUCUACCAGAAUCCUUAAAAUACAGAUGCAAGUGUUGGCUAGCACUUAAACAGCAUUAGCUACAUUAUACACAUCAGGCCAGGAUUUCACACAGGGAGUGAAGACACUGUGCCUUUCCUCUGUUUCUAAAACAGUCUUUGUACGUGCACUCUGGCCCGUUUACAACUGAAAUUACAUAUAAUAUGCAAUGUAAAAAAAAAAAGGAAAUACUGUAAAAUAUACAUUAAGAGUGUGCAUCUUAAAUGUACAGGUUUUUGGUAUGUUUUAAAGCCACGGUGUUGUAGGCUGAAGAUAAUUGUACCUCACUUUCAUUAAGUCUGAACAAAGAUGGAAAAUAAGACUGUUAAAAGACAUUGAUUUGUAUAAGAUAGUUACAAAAUAUGAGUUAAAACCCUCCCUUCUGCAGUGAGUUUAACUAAAGCACUUGUACAAGCUCUGGUACUUAACAGAAUUGCAUAACCUGGAUUUGCAGUAUGGGACAAAUCUUACCACAUAAUUUGGUAAUACUAUACCAUUUUAGCUGAGGUUGAAUAGAAUAUUGUACAUCUCUUGCUGUUAAAAACAAUCUAAUAUUCAUUCUUUUGAAAUACAUUUAAAAAUAGGAUACAAUUGGAAAGAGUCCUUUUAAAAAAAAAAAAAAAGCAGCAUGCAUUUGGUUAUUCUCACAAUCUAGAGGAGACUGAUUUUCAAUUUUACCCUGAAGAGAAAUUAACAGCCAAAUGACAAGUUACAUUUAGAAUUUGUAAACUGAAUAUUAAUGAGAGAGACUAAGUAAGAUUAACUAAACAUUUUGAGUGAAAUUCUGACCCCACUGAGGUCAGUACCUCCCAUUAUCCUCUGCCAUUGGAAUUAACUCCAUAAACAGGUAUAAACGUAUGUUCAGCUAAAGAGUAAACUCAAAAAAUUCCUUCCAUUUCCAGUGAAUAGCAGAAUAGGGUUGGGACCUUGUUGUAUUAGGUGCUGUAAAAACACUCUCCCUUCCCUGAACAGUUUUCUGUUCAAGCAUUCCUGGAUAUUCUAGUUGUAUAAUGAAAAAUUCCUUAUUAAAAGGUUAAUUUGAAGCCUUUCAAAGUAAAAGUGCCUAUUAAAUAAAACAUACUUAAAGAA